AUGAGUGGGGCGAAUGUCAACCCUUUUUGGAGCACACAAGCACGAGCUCAUCCUGGUGAAGGUGGGGUGGUGCCUGAGGGGAUGCGUCAAGGGGAAGUCAGAAGGUCGCCAAACUAUGUCGACGUGGAGGCCAUCAGGGAGAAGGUGCUCAGGGAAGCCGAGAAUCUCUUUGCAAAGGAGAUCAAGAAGGCCACUGGUGGAGCAGAGUCAUCAUCCUUCGAGUCGGUGCCAAGUGCUGACCGAGAGCCUGGGCGGUCAACGGUCGGGGUGAUGGGACCGGGCGGAGGAGGCAAUGGGGGCGAAUCGACUCGCCGCGAUGGUCGAGGGUCUCAACCACAUGGUCUUGAGCGUCCACCAGGGUUGCAGAAGGAAGGAGUGUGUGAGGGUCCGUUGAACAGGUCUGAACCACCUCAGGGGACCGUGAAUGAAGUGUUUAGAAGCUUGGAGUUACCACCUCUACCAUCUCCUGGCAGCGAUGGUGCUUCGCUGGCUUUCGGCGAUUGGUUGACGGUGGCGAUGCCUCUCAUGUCAGAUCUGUCAUCCUCAGCGAGGGGUUGGUGGCAAGCAAACAUCAUGGAUGCGGAGGCGCUGCAUGAGACUUGGCUGAAGUUGAAGCCGCUGGAAAGGCUGAGGCUUAAGGUUGAUCGGCCUUUGCACCCCAGUUAUGAACGGGUUGAGCACCGGGGAGUGACCAUUUUGCUGGGGGUUCUUCCCGAUCAAGUUCGAAGGGAUGUCAUCGCCUCUAGAAAGGUGAGCUGCCUGGGAAUUCUGUUUCGGCUGUACACCAUCUUUCAACCAGGGGGUUCAGCUGAGAGAACUGCGCUCCUCAAGAGCAUCACCGAGCUGAAGGUGGGCAAUGGGGUGGCAGAUGUUUUGUCUGGAAUUCGCCAAUGGAGGCGAUGGAUCCAGCGUGCGCAGGAGUUGGGCCUGACUACACCGGACCCUCUGGUGCUGGUGCAAGUGCUGAACAGGGUCACAGAAGCCCUGGGUCGACAUGGUGGUGCUCAGGCGGAGGCUGAAGAUCUGGCGCUGAUGACUGGCUCUUCAAAGACGCCUGCGGCAGGUGCGAAUGUGAACAUGUCCACAGCUGGAGGGACGGCUCCAAAGGCGGCGGCAUUCAACACCACGAGCUCUACAGAAGAGAAGGAGUUUGAGGAGCUGGAAAAGGGGCACUACAGCAUCACGGCCGAGGACGCUGAGUGGUGGGAGGAGAACAUCCCUGGGGUCUCGGGGGAGCUGUUGGAGUUCAUGAAGGGCCAGUCAUGGUGUCUGGAGGGUGAGGAGCAGGUGAUUGGUCGGGAAGAGAUCGAUGAGCUUCGGAGGCCCCAUCAGCUGCAGAACAUUGCAAUGGUGGAGGUGAUGGAAGACAGAG